UCAAACAGCCGAUUCGUUCGCAACCGACACGUCAUUCAUAUCACUCAGUCACUUCCUGUUUACAUUUCCAGAUUCGGGCGAAAUCGAAACAAACUCCUUAAAUAUUACAUUGUGGCGUCUGGAUUCAGAUAGUAAAGUCUCCCAGCUACGAAGCAGAAGGCUGAAACGGCGAAGUCGACCAUACUUCCAGCUAGAAUGUUUAAACGCGAAGACUGAGCCAUAUUAGCUUAAAGAGCUAGCUCAAGCUAACGUCGGUGACUGUUAACGGCGAAUUAAUAUCACGAGUACAGUAGGAUAGUUUGUUUUUCGAGGCCCUUAUGGAGAAUAAAUAUAAUCUCAAGAGUCCAGCGGUAAAGAGGUUAAUGAAAGAAGCUGCUGAAUUGAGAGAUCCUACGGAGCACUACCAUGCCCAGCCAUUGGAAGAUAACCUAUUUGAGUGGCACUUCUCCGUACGCGGUCCCCCAGAUUCAGAUUUUGAUGGCGGGGUUUACCAUGGCAGGAUUGUUCUUCCCCCGGAAUACCCCAUGAAGCCACCCAGCAUCAUCCUUCUUACACCAAAUGGAAGAUUCGAAGUUGGGAAGAAGAUUUGUCUGAGCAUUUCUGGCCACCACCCAGAGACCUGGCAACCUUCAUGGAGCAUACGAACCGCUCUCAUUGCCAUAAUUGGAUUCAUGCCAACCAGAGGAGAGGGUGCCAUUGGAUCCCUUGAUUACACACCAGAGGAGAGGAGGGUCCUUGCAAAAAAGUCUCAGGACUUUUGCUGCGAGACGUGCAACUGCUCAAUGCACUCGGCACUCUUGGCUUUGACCCCCAACAGCAACCCCAGCCCAGGGGACCACAAGGCGAAGGAGCUGGCUCAACAAAUCAACUUCAAGACCGAGUCGACUUCAUCAAGUCAACAAGCAAGAGGGAGUGAAGGUACCAGCAGUGAAGGUUCUACCCAGGAAGACACGCCCACUUCUGACGUCCCGGAAGCUGGUGAUGGACCCCUGCCUGAGCAGGCAGAGGCGUCGCCCGCUACUGACGAGGAAAGACCACCGUCUCCUCGCCCCGUCAGCCCACGUCAACGCCCCACGCCGCACGCCCAGAGAACCCCAGCAGACGCCCCCAACAGGCCAGCCUUCAUGGCGGCCACUCACCAGCCGCGAGAUGAAAGCCACACCGGCUCCGUCGUGCUCAUUGUGGUGCUCACGUUUGCUCUGGCUGCUCUUAUCUUCCGUCGGAUUUACCUGGCGCACGAGUACAAGUUCGAUUACGAGCUGUGACGUGCGCCGUCGGUUUCCUCCGUGUCCACUGGAAAAUGACAUUGCGUCGUCCCACUUUUUUUUUUGCCGCUUAACCCACAACACCUUCUCUGUGAUUUUUAAUCAGCGUCAUUUGGUUCUUAUAUUUUUAAGAGGAGCGUUUGUGUUUACCAAGCACUCAAACGCCUCAUCUUUUUAAUGAUAUGACCUAAUUUAAUUAAAUGGCAACACCUCAACAAGAGUAGAGUUUUUGCAAAAGAUAGAUUGUAUGAUGUGUUCACACCAGAAAUAUUCAAAAGUACGUACUUUGUUUGGCGCAGUUUAGCGUUCCUGUUGGUAUUUUUGUUCUGGGACCAAAGAGUACACAGUACAAGACGUAUUACGUAACGUAAGUCUAAUACUACACCAAAAGCUUCUAAAAUAUACUUUUAAAGACCGUUUUUGUUAAACGUUGAGAUUUCAAACAGGAUUCACAAAGGUUGUGCGGUUCAGGAAACUGAUUGGUUUAAGCUUUUGCGGCCGAUUACAUGAAGUAACGCAAAUAUUCCCAACCUAAAUUCAGUAGGAACUUUAGGGUUACUUUCCGGGAUCACUAGCGAGUGGCGGAAUUGAUAUGCCCAAAAAUGUCCGAUUUCGGAGUCACGGCUAGUAACCACUAUUCCAGAUUCAGCUAAAAUAUUCAACGACGAUGCAACCUGGGAAACCAUCGUCUUCAUCGGAUGUCAACAUCGACCUAAGCGGACAUUUUUUUUUAGCAAUUCCAGGACUUGAUGAGUUGGGACAACAAAGACUGGUUGCCGACGUCCUCGGGACGGUAAAAGGUCUGACCAAAGAUCAUAAAGUGGCAUUUAGGAUUGUGAUAGCGCAUCUGUCACUGUUGUUCGAGUCCCUGCUUGUUUACGUCAAAGCAAAUACUUCACCACUUCCUGUAUGUCCACUCCAGGGACUCUCAGGGAACUGGGAGAUUUUUUUUUCAAUUAAUUUUUCACACAUCUAACCAUCUUUUAACAAGUACAGAAACGACAGCAUAUAAAUAGCAGUCCCAUUAUGUCUAUAUAUAUAUUGGGGGGGGGGGGGGUGUAGGUUCAGCCACUUACAAAGAUAUGAACAGCUAUGGAGAACACUGAAGACGGGUCAAGGGUGGGUCCUCCAGAACGACAAUAAAAGCAAAGGUAUGGCCAAGGCAACAAGAGUUGAUCAAGAAGACACAUAGUAAACUCCUGGAGUGGCCUAGUCAAUCUCCAGACCAUAAUCCCAUAGAACAUCUAUGGAGAACACUGUAGAUGGGUCAAGGGUGGGUCCAUCAGAAUGACAAUAAACCAAAACAAAUGGCCGAGGCAACAAAAGAGUGGUUCAAGAAGUUAAAACAUUAAUCCCAGAGAACAUCUAUGGAGAACACUGAAGAUGGGUCAUGGUUUGGUCCUCCAGAAUGACAAUAAACCAAAACAAAUGGUUGAGGCAACAAGAGUGGCUCAAGAAGACACACAGUCCCAGAGAACAUCUAAGGAGAACACUGUAGAUGGGUCAAGGGUGGGUCCUCCAGAAUGACAAUAAACCAAAACGUAUAGCCAAGGCAACAAGAGUGGAUCAAGAAGACACACAGUAAGCUCUUGGAGUGGUCUAGUCAAUCUCCAGACCAUAAUCCUGGAAGACAUUGAUGGAGAACAUUGAAGAUGGGUCAUGGUUUCGGUCCUCCAGAAUGACAAUAAACCAAAACGUAUGGCCAAGGCAACAAGAGUGGCUCAAGAGGACACACAGUAAGCUCUUGGAGUGGCCUAGUCAAUCUCCAGACCAUAAUCCCAUAGAACAUCUAUGGAGAACACUGUAGAUGGGUCAUGGUUGGGUCCUCCAGAAUGACAAUAAACCAAAACGUAUUGCCAAGGUAACAAAGAGUAGCCCAAGAUGAUACACAUUAAUCCCAUAGAACAUCUAUGGAGAACACUGAAGAUGGGUCACGGUUGGGUCCUCCAGAAUGACAAUAACCCAACAAGCAUGGCCUAAGCAACAAAGCAUUGGUUCAAGAAGAAGGCCAUUCGUACCAUGUGACACUUUGGCUAUGAUUUCCCAUGCAAGCCUGGCCCCAAUAAAAGACAACAUAGGUGCUGUUAUUGUUUUCUAUCCAUGUAUAAACAUGUAUAAUGUAUUCUAUUCUAUGCUCAAUGAUAACAGCCCUGUUUUGCUUUGUGUUGAGUGGCUGUAUGAUUGAGGUCUAGGCUCUAGGGUGUGUUUAUUUGCUUCAUUAAAAUGUUCCAAAAUG